CGUGUCUUGAUUACCAGAGAAUAACACGGGCCGGAGUUCAUCAUGUCCUGGCCCAUUCAGCGCGUACGUUGAACUUUACGGAAGGUAUUUAAAACUAUGACACUAACGACCUAAGGCUCAAUUCCCUAACCUUACGAGAGAGCACGAAACUCAACCGGAUUCCUCGGGCGCGGCUCCUCCAUUUUGUGUCGCGGAGAACGGGCACGGCCCAUUUUGCGACGUACCAGCUCCCGGGUAACGAGCUACCAGACACCGAAACCCGGCGCUGGGCGGACACAACCUGAACGGCUCCAACAGCUUCCGCGGCGGCAGCUCCGCUCCGCUCCGCCCCGCCCCGCGGUGGGCCGAGCUCUGCCCGCCUCCCGCCCCGCCGCCGGUUCGCAGGCGUCAUUUCCCGCCGCUGCCGCCGCCGCCGCGACCACCACCACCGCCACCACCAGCAGGAUGAUUCCGCCGGUGCAGGUCUCGCCGCUCAUUAAGUUCACCCGGUACUCGGCCCUGCUCGUGGGGAUGAUCUACGGCAAGAAGCGAUACGACUAUCUAAAGCCUAUUGCUGAAGAAGAGAGAAGAAUAGAGGCUGAAGAGAAAAAGAAACGUGAAGAACUUGAGCGGAUUGCAAAAGAGCUUGCAGAAGCAAGCCAAGAUUCCAUAUUGAAAUGAACAGAAGAUUGAAUCCUAAUUUCACAUAUGGAAAUAGAUGGUUAGGCACUGAACUGUGCAGUGGUUGGUGGACUCCGUAUACUAUUCUCUCAAUAAAGUACUUAAAAUGCUUCA